AUGCCUUCCACCUUUUGGGAGCGGACGAAAGGGACGUCCAAGAAAGGCUUCGACAAAGCAUGGCACACGCUCGAUAAACUGGGGGAUCCCGUCAACCGACUGUCCAAUCGAGUUGGCGCAGAAGCCUUUUGGCCAAUGGCGAUCGACAAAGAGAGCGACAAAGCAGCCCGGAUAUUACGAAGUUUUUGCAAGGACGGGUUCUAUACCGAAGAUGGUGCGGACCGCUCGAGUACCGACAGCGCAGUCAACCAAACCACCGGCAAGAUCGAUCGGCCCAAAGGCAAACAACGAGUUCUCAAGAAGAUCCCUUCCCAAGUAAUUCAGCAGGCCAAAGGCCUCGCGAUUUUCACCACCAUGCGCACCGGUCUCUGGGUAAGCGGCUCAGGCGGAAGUGGUGUUCUUCUGGCACGCAUACCUGAAACCGGCGAGUGGAGUCCUCCGUCGGGCAUCAUGCUGCAUACCGCGGGCAUUGGGUUUCUAGCCGGGGUGGAUAUAUAUGACUGUGUGGUUGUCAUAAAUACAUACGAGGCGCUAGAAGCAUUCAAGAAAGUUCGUUGCACCCUGGGUGGAGAAGUAAGUGCCUCUGCCGGUCCCGUUGGCAUGGGUGGUGUAUUGGAAUCCGAAGUCCACAAACGACAGGCGCCCAUCUGGACUUACAUGAAGAGCCGUGGAUUGUACGCCGGUGUUCAGGUGGACGGAACGAUUAUCAUCGAAAGAAGCGACGAAAACGAACGGUUUUACGGCGAGCGCAUAUCGGUAACGGAUAUCUUAGCCGGCAAGGCGAAGAACCCCCCCGCAUCUAUCCAGACCCUCAUGCAGACCAUAAAGGCCGCUCAGGGGGAUACUAACGUCGAUGAGACUCUCCUGCCACCUCCAGGGGACGCUCCCGGCGAUGCCCACAUUGGACCCGAGAUUGGGUCUUUCGGCGUCCCUGAUCCAGAGGACCCCGAUCCGUUUGGUGUAAAGGCGUUGGAAGCCGAGGGUCUUUUCAUCCGCGAGGCUGGUUCGCGAAGCAGGCCGUCGCAGGAGGCCUUCGAAUUCAAACCCGCACCAAGCAGCCCUGUUUAUGCCACCUUCCGACGCAGUCUCGAUAGCUCGCCCCGCAACAGCUGGCGAGCCAGCGUGCAGAGCUAUGCUAGCAUGGAUCGCGGAACACAAACCUAUGAUGGCCCCACAGCGCCCCCCUCAGUCAGUCGCGCCUCUUCUCGGAGUUAUCGAGACCUGGAAGACUCCCGUUUGGAUUCUCGGGAAAGCACCGCCUGUUCUCCAGUUUCUAUCGAAGAUUCAACAAUGCCUUCUGAAUUUCGACGUUACUCACCCACCUUUACGCGUGCCCGGCUGGUGACCAUCCCUAAGCGCGUGCCACCGGCACUUCCACCUCGGAACCCU